AUGCACGACGCUCUGACCGAAAUCGCUCCCCGGAAGGAACCAAAACGCCGGAUCCAAGCGCCGAUACCCACCGUAGAUCGUGUCGAGGAAUUAUGGGUGGUCAGUUUUGACGGAUCCGCUCGAGUUAAGCGUGGCGGAAGCGCGUUCAGCGCGAUCGUGUGGAGUCUGCCCGGAUGGGAGGUGGUCAAAGCUAGAUCGGGCUAUCUCGAGAGCCUCACCACGCCUAGUGAUCUGCGUGAUCAUGAACUAGUUCAUGCGAGGAGAGACUGGAAUGGGAGUGCCGACAGUCUGGCGAGUUCCGCUUUACAACGACAAGGCGGAACCGAGGUCCAGAGAGGGCCCGGGUAUCAGGAUCUGGUCACUCUGAACCGGUUAGACGAAAUCUUGAUUCCCAGGACCGAGAACCCAGUGAUGCGAGUGGCAGCGGUUACCACCCGAGCUGCUCGAGUAAUAUCACCGGCGGGUGUCAUGCAAGAGGACUUGAUCCGGGAGAUGCGGGUCGAUCGGAUCAAGCAGGCCCACAGAUACCGAGGAGAGCACCGCAAGCGGGACUUUCAGUGGGAGGAGGAAGUCUGGAUCGAAGGCAUGAAGAAGUAUCUGAGUGGCUCGAUCGCAGAUCUCACGCAAGCCGAAGCAAGAUCGUAUGGCAAUAUCGCUGCCGACUAUGAGGUGGACGAACAGGAUCUACUCUUCUACUGCCCUCCCACGCCGAGAUCGGGGGAUGAUCGCGAUCGGUUGUUGGGAUUGUUCACGAAACGCUACAAUCGGACGUCUUACAUCUCUAUCAAACCGCUGGAAGGGGGACAUCAAGGAGUGGGGCGUACCUAUCAGCGUAUCAGGGAUCACCCCCACUGGAGAGGAUUUUAUCGGAGCGUUCAGCGAUACGUGGGGGAAUUCGUGGACUGUGACACGGGAAAAGGAAAACCUGUGAUCCGGGGUGAAUCACCAGGGAACUUGCAGGCGACAUACCCGUUCCAGAUUAUUGCGAUGGAUCACAUACCGUCGCUUCCCAUAUCCCACAAAGAGAACACGGAGUUAUUGAUCUGGGUCGAUCUGUUCACAGGAUACGUGAUCGCGAAAGCUAGCUCGCCCCGGUCGGUCCAGUCAGUCCCGGAAUCGUACGAGGAGUGCGUGUUUCGGCGAUUCGGGCCAGCGAGAUGA